AUGAGCGACAAUGCUUCAUUCACCUUCAUUGGGGACAAUACCCACGGGUCUACCCUGAACCAAGGGUCUAUCAUCACUGGGGAUGGCUCACACGUCGGUAACAUUAACCAUUUUCACACGGUUACACAGGAGGAUUCCGCGCGCAAAUCAUGUCUGAGAGACCUCCUGGCAGCUCUGAGGGACGAUCCAGACGACUAUCGGCAGAUUCUCGAAGACCGCAAAGGGCCGAAAACACCGGGCACCUGUGAGUGGGUUUCGGAAACCGACGCAUACAAGAGCUGGAUCGCCAAGUCUUCCGGCCUACUAUGGAUCUCCGGAGAUGCCGGCAAGGGGAAGACUAUGCUUUCUCUCCAUCUCGUAAGCAGCCUGAAAAGCGACUCUUUAGGUGCACAUGUCGUCCACUUCUUCUGCAGUCGAGACCAAGGAAGGAACAAUGGUGCUUCUAUUCUCCGCGGCCUUAUCUAUCAAAUGCUCUCUCAACGUCCAUCGUUGUUCGAGCAUGUUACAAAUGAUUACGACAAGCACGGAGCUAGUCUAUUCGACGACAGAAAGUUCCAAGCCCUCUGGACUAUCUUCGAUAGGGUAUUGCACGACCAAGAUAUCAACCCCAUUACAUGCAUUCUCGAUGGCUUAGACGAAUGCGACGAAGAGGGUCUCGAAGACUUCUAG